GAAUUUCCAUUUUUUACCUUGACGACCUUUCCACCAGGCUUUCUUGUCCAUGUUGGUGGUGUUGUCAGUGCACGGUCUGUGAAGCUCCUGGAUCGCAUCCACAAUCCUGCCUUUGUCGGAAUUAUGGGUAACACAAGAUCAUACAAACUGCUAGACUGGAAUAGUUUCAAUUCAGAUGAACCAGAGACACGAGAUGCAUGGUGGGCAGAAAUCAGACAAGAAAUAAAAUCCCAUGCCAAGGCAUUGGGUUGUCAUGCUGUAGUGGGCUACAGUGAAUCAACUAGCAUUUGUGAAGAGGUCUGUAUUUUGUCCGCGUCUGGCACAGCAGCUGUACUGAACCCUAGGUUUCUUCAGGAUGGCACCAUGGAAGGCUGUUUGGAACAAAGGAUUGAAGAAGCUUCACCACCAGGUUGUGGAUUUUGCCAUAUACCGUAUGAUGAAUUGAACAUGCCAUUCCCUGCUCACCUCACUUACUGUUACAACUGCAGGAAGCAAAAAGUUCCUGAUGUCCUUUUUACCACAAUUGAUCUUCCUGUAGAGGCAAUAGUUAUUGGGAAGGGAUGUCUUAUUCAAGCCAGGUUAUGCCGUCUAAAGAAGAAAGCUCAAGCUGAAGCAAAUGCGACAUCUAUCAGUAAUCUCUUGCCAUUUAUGGAAUAUGAAGUGCACACCCAACUGAUGAAUAAACUUAAGCUGAGAGGAAUGAAUGCUUUAUUUGGGCUGAGGAUUCAGAUCACUGUGGGUGAAAAUAUGCUAAUGGGGUUGGCAUCUGCAACAGGGGUGUAUUUAGCCGCUUUGCCAACACCUGGUGGUAUUCAGAUUGCUGGGAAGACUCCAAAUGAUGGCACCUAUGAGCAGCAUAUAUCUCACAUGCAAAAGAAAAUAAAUGAUACAAUAGCAAAAAACAAGGAACUUUAUGAAAUUAAUCCUCCAGAGCUACCUGAAGAAAUCAUUGGGUCUCCCAUUCCAGAGCCAAGACAGCGUUCCAGGUUAUUAAGAUCUCAGUCAGAAAGCUCUGAUGAAGUUACAGAGCUAGACCUUUCACAUGGGAAAAAGGAUGCUUUUGUCUUGGAGAUUGAUGAUACAGAUGCAAUGGAAGACGUACAUUCUUUACUGACAGAUGUUCCGCCACCUUCUGGUUUUUACAGUUGCAACACAGAAAUUAUGCCUGGUAUAAAUAACUGGACACCGGAAAUUCAAAUGUUCACAGCAGUAAGAGUAUCCAGAUUAAGCAACGUUAACCUAACGAAUCAAACACUUAAUAAGAACUUUAAUGAUCUCUGUGAGAAUCUGUUGAAGAGCUUGUAUUUUAAACUACGAUCUAUGGUUCCCUGCUGCCUUUGUCAUGUAAAUUUUACAGUUGCUCUACCAGAGGAUGAAUUAGUUCAGAUUGCAGUUACAGCUGUUGCAAUUACAUUUGACAAAAACCAAGCGUUACAAGCCAACAAAGCCCCUACAGAAAAAUCACAACAAAGAGCAUCUACAGACAAUGAAGAACAGCUACAAUUUCCAUUGGAACUUUGCUCUGAUCCACUUGCUUCUCAACCGUUCUCACCAGCUAAAGAAGCCCUGGAGGGUGCAAGUUCCCUCACACGUCUGCCUGCUGCUCAGAGAGACAGAUGCAACAGCUGGAUAGAGCUCAUUAAACUGAAAGCUCAGACCAUAAGGCGCGGAUCAAUUAAGACAACUGCUUCACUUGAUAAAACAAGUCCAUUGGCUGAGGGAUACUUACGGCACCGUUCUGUUCCAUCAUGCACCAAUUCUACCGUCUCGGUUGUUAAGAUGACACCUCUUUCUUUUCUACCUGGGGCAAAAAUAACCAAAUAUCUUGGGAUAAUCAACAUGUUUUUUAUACGAGAAACCACUUCUUUGCGUGAGGAGGGUGGUGUCAGUGGUUUUCUCCAUGCGUUUAUUGCUGAAGUGUUUGCAAUGGUGAGAGCUCAUGUUGCAGCUUUAGGGGGGAAUGCCGUUGUCUCAUACAUAAUGAAGCAGUGCGUUUUUAUGGAGAAUCCAAACAAAAAUCAGGCCCAGUGUUUAAUAAAUGUAAGUGGCGAUGCAGUUAUCUUCGUACGUGAGUCUGAGUUAGAAAUGUUACCAGUACAGCCUUCUACAGUUGUUUCUCAACCCACAAGUUCUGGAGGAGAUGUCACAACGUGA